ACACAAAAGAGCACCCUAACACUUGUUUUUAAUUAGAAAGACUCUAUCUUAUCAAAAAAAACAAAUUAGAAAUACUCUAGCAGCAUCAGCAUGGAAUGUCCCCUAUUAACCAGAUAAUCAAUCAGCUUGGUGAUUGCAUGUUUACAUUACAUACGUGUUGGGCCGUGGGUCGUCUCCAGCCCACCUUAAAGCCCAAUCUGCUGCAGAUCAAGUCAUGGUAACAACGGGGCAACAAUCGCUAAUUAGCAGGAAGAAACCAAUCGUUCGAAUCGUGGCUCAUUCUACAUCUCCUAAUUUCUCACUCUCUCCCUUUGUUUUUGUUUUUUAAUUAUUCUCGUUUGGGUUUCUCACCUUCACUCUUCCUCAGUUCGUCACCCUUUUGGCUCGAUCGCGCGGCGUGGGCUUCUAAUUUUCCCAUCUCCUCUCAGCUGCGGCAGCUCCUCCGGUCCCUGGCGAUCUCCCGGUUCUCUGCGCCCCUCCUGCUUCACCGUAUCCACUUCGUUCCCUGCCCAUCUCCUCGUAAGUUCUCCUUUUCACGCCUUUCUCCUCUUCGCCGCAUCUCAUCCCUCGCUAGCUAUCUAGGGUUCCCUUUCUUUUUCAUUUUGACUGUUCCGAUUGUUGAAUUGUCCCUGUAAGUCCGAAUCGAAUGCUGCGUUUAUUCGCUCCUCUUAUGAUUUGCUACUGUUCGUUUGUGGUUUGUGAUUGCUGGUUUUGAUUCGUGGUUGCGUAAGUGCUCUGUUGGGGGAAUGGGGGAACGUUUUGAGAUAUGGGAUUUGGUGGGUUAGUGAAGUUAUUCAGUUAUUUUGUGAUCUGUUGAGUUUUAGAAGCGUGUGGAUUACUUGUGCCUCCCACGGGCCACUGGGGAUUACGAAAAGUUGUGGUUUUUUCCCUCCGGAUUGGAGGGCUUUGACGCUAGUAAUAAAUUGAAUUCAUGUUUUCAUACAUAAACGCUGCUUCUAUGCUUUCGUUAAUCUGGAUGGUGUCUCGAUGUCUGGGAGUGUUGUGUUUGAGCUGGAAUGUCUGGAGAAACUAUACGGAACUAUAGGAUGCCCAAAGUUAAAAACUUGCGUAUGGAAUUUCAUUUUCAGCGUAUGCCCAGCGUUUUUUAUAGGAUUCAGAAAAAAAGAAGCUAUAUCGUGAAGGCGGGACUGGUAGAUAAACAGAGUCAGUAAAAUGGAUGGAUAAACCCUGCUUGCUUAUGAAUUAUGAUAGAUGAACCUUGUUUUUUUAUAAGCGAGAAAUCGAAAGAGCUGUUGAAUUUGUGAUUAUGUGUAGGAUUUGGUUUCAUUUGGUUGUUGCUUGACCUGUUGUCUAUUUCCUCCGGUACUGUCUCAUUGUUGCUCUUUUUCUUCUUGCAAUGUGCUUCAGAGAAACAGAUAGUGAGCAAAAUGGCUGGAGGAGGGGUUAUCCGCCAGCUUCUUCAGAGGAAACUCCAUUCUCACUCCAUGGUUCCUUCGGUUUCAUCUUUCUUCAAUUCAAAGAAAGGUCAUGAGGAGGCUGGAUCUUUUGGAGAGAAGUCCCUGAGAGCAUUGGCACUUGUUGGAGUUGGUCUCUCUGGGCUUCUGGGUACUGCAGUUGUAUCUGCUUCAGAUGAGGCCGAGCAUGGCCUAGCUUCACCAAUCUAUCCAUGGCCUCACAGUGGCAUCCUGAGCUCUUAUGACCAUGCUUCGAUUCGACGUGGUCACCAGGUUUAUACGCAAGUCUGUGCUUCUUGCCACUCCAUGUCCCUUAUAUCAUACCGUGAUCUGGUGGGUGUUGCUUACACAGAAGAGGAAGCAAAGGCUAUGGCUGCUGAGAUUGAAGUUGUCGAUGGUCCCAAUGAUGAAGGUGAGAUGUUCACCCGCCCAGGAAAACUGAGUGACCGUUUCCCUCAGCCAUAUCCAAAUGAAUCUGCUGCUAGAUUUGCUAAUGGAGGUGCAUAUCCUCCAGAUCUGAGCCUCAUCACAAAAGCUCGUCACAAUGGCCAGAAUUACGUCUUUGCUCUCUUAACUGGGUACCGUGAGCCUCCUGCUGGAAUUUCGAUCCGUGAGGGCUUGCACUACAAUCCUUACUUCCCUGGUGGAGCUAUUGCUAUGCCCAAGAUGCUCAACGAUGGUGCUGUUGAGUAUGAAGAUGGCACCCCAGCAACCGAGGCUCAGAUGGGCAAAGAUGUCGUGUCUUUCUUGUCAUGGGCUGCGGAACCUGAAAUGGAAGAGAGGAAACUGAUGGGAUUCAAGUGGAUAUUCCUACUAUCCUUGGCUUUGCUUCAGGUCGGUUACCAUCGACGUAUGAGGUGGUCAGUCCUCAAGUCUCGCAAGUUGAUUGUUGACGUUGUCAACUAAGUUUGUUCUUUCUUCAUCCGGUUUAAUCCUUCUCCAUUCUGGAGGGAAAUUUGGGCAAAUAAUUUGGUGGUUCCUUUUUUUGCCAGAGAAAUUGAGUAGGGUUCUACUUUCUACUACACUGCCAUGUUAAACUGUGGUCGGUUUUCUAUUAGAGUGGGGUGGAGUGAAAACGAUCCCUCCAUAAAAACCAGCAUUCCUUAUCCUCUUUAUAUUUCUUAUUAUGUCUCUCUUUCUUUCUAUUUUAUGGUUCCAGGAAGAAAAUAAGGCAAAUCCCAGCUCAUAUAUAUGAUCAUUAUGUAAACACCACAUUUUGAAGUGGACAUGAGAAUUUGUGUUUAGAACUUGGUUUCUACUAUGAGAUGUGGAUGCAACUUUUGCACAGGACUACAGAGCUGAUUUCUUGUUGUUUUGUCUGAAAGCGGAAUGUUUUUUGCUCUUUAGGAUGUUAGAAUAGGGUGGUGCUUAUAUUUGAAGUAGUUGAUGACCUUUCUCUUGAAUCAGAAGAGGCUUAAUCUAAAGCCAGCCCCUUUUCAAAUGGGCCCAAUUUGGAUAUGGACCAAUACUACACUCCAACAAGAGGCCAUAUCGAUGGCAGAUUCUCACCAGGGUUAUGUUGCUGAAUGGUGUUGGCGGUUGUGUAGUUUCAUUUGAUCCUCAAUGUGCACCCUAAGCAACCAUCCAUUUUAGUCCACGAAUCCGCCAUUGAUGUUGCGGCCAUAAAAGGGAAUUCGGGUUGCGGUUCCCUCAUGCCUAGUCUUACCUCAUCUAGACUAGGCAGGCAAGACGGGCUAGAUGAAUUGGUAAGAUUGGUUGGCGGUGGACUCGUCCGAUCGAUGAACCAUGCGAGGGGUCGGAUUAAGGGUCUAACUAGACCACAUUGACUUAUUUUAUAGAGUUUAUCACAUUGUUAUGGUUAUUAUGUUUUUGUGUGGUGCAUCGAACCAUGGAGGCAACUCCUUGCUCCAAUCCUCCCCGUUUCUUAUCUCCUUUUGUAUCAAUCUGGUAAGGGGAUGAAGUGGACAUUCCAGGGUGUUUGAUUGGAAGACAAAAGAUGGAAGUGAUAGGAUGGAUAGAGCAUCCAUCAAUCUCAUUGGGCCAACUAAACCCUAAUCAAACAAGCCCCCUUAACACACAAAGAAAUAUAUCUUGUUAUGGUAAUUUGGUUUUGUGGGGUUUGGCUUUCUUUCGUUGUCAGGAAAUCUUGGAGGGAAGAUCCGAUUUAUCAUCCCACCAUCCACGCGUCCUCAUCGCACAACCACUUCACCGUUUGGCCUUUUCCAUUGGUUUCCAAUGGAACAAAACAAUUAUGGGAAAUAAAGGCUACCUUCCCCCUUUUCCUUAUCCAUCCACUCACCUUCCAAUGUCCGGACUUUGUAAAAUGUAGACCCCAAAAAAUGAAUAAAGAUGUGUACUAAUUUUGCUAAACCCCAAAAAAUAAAGGAUGUUAAUAAAAACUGUUUUAAAAU